AAAGGAAAUAUUUUUAUAUGACAGGCAGAGGAAGAUGAGGUGACAGCAUAACACACCAACAGGAUAAGAAUACACAGCUUGCUCAAAAACAGGAUGUCACUGGGCAAGGCCUUCCUAUAUUGAAAAUACCAUUUAGAUUAUCUGCCAGCAGAGAGGCCAACAGCGAUCAUAACUGCAGGAAAUGAAGAGUUGCAGCUCCUUUUUACUUCCUCAUUUGUUGAUGCACCAUGCACUGGCUAAUGGUGUUUUGUCAGGUUAAAUUUUCUAACAUGUCUGAUUACUAUAUCAUGCAUCCUGAAUGAUUUCUUUGUACUAUGGCUGUUUGUUUCGAUGUCUCCGAUAUGCACAAACUAGAAACAAAAUAAAAAUGUUAUUAGUAUGUGUAUGGCCAUCUUAACUUUUCUUUGCAUCUUUCCUGAAUGCAGGAGUUGUAUAACCUGGGUUGGCUGAAGCAUUUCAUUCUUCUGGGGCACAUAAUUAGUAGUUUCUAGCAAAGCACAAUUAUACCAUAAUCUCCUGACUAUAAAACUGCUUCUAAGCAUAACAAAACAAAGCUUAUCUAGAGUUCUGCUGUGAGGCAAUUUAGUACUGGACAUUCCUGUGUAUUGGGUGUGUCAGUUUAACAAGAGCUCAGUUGUGCCUGGUGCCGAUCACUUCGUUUGCAUACAAACUAGCAAAGGCUCCCAGCAUUUAGUGGACAACUGAACAGACUGGUGGUAUUAUUUAUGCCAUUAAAAAGUACAUUCAGGGUGCCUCUAAUGAUUUGCUAUUUAAUGGAAUGCAAGAGGAUUUAACCAGUUUCUCCUCUAUAUGGAAAGCAAUCUGGUAUCUAUGAACCCAUCACGACCUUCUACAGCAGGGUUGAUUGAACUUCACAUAUACCAAGUCCCAGAAGAUCUAUGGAACUUCAAGUUAAAUAAUGUUUCCACGGACUUGAUCAAUAAGUUCAUGUCAGUUGGGUUUAUAAGGGUGUCACCUGAAAUGAAACUGCGAACACUGAGAGAGAGACUUGGAGAAUUCCUGGGUGAUGACAUUGUACUUGAUAAGUUUGCAUUCCUAAAAUGUGUUGGAAGAAGCCUAGCAGUGGUAAAAGCAAAGCAAGAACAUGAGUUAAAACUGAAGUCAUUUGCUCCACCUUAUGCUACCCAACCAGAAUUGUAUCUACUUAUGGGAGCAGAAUAUGAGGGAAGUACAUAUGGAUCAUCCAUCAUUUCUGAUGAACCUCAGUAUAGUCCUGAAUAUAAUUCAUCCAACAAAUCAUCAUCUAGGCUGGUCCAACAAAGCAGCAUCCAGUCUAUAAGUCAUCCAAUUAGUGAAAUAAGUAUUAAAGAACCAAUAUUGUCUCGAAAAGAAAAACAAGACAUUACUUCCACAUUUACCAGAAAAGAACAAGACAUGGCGAAAAGCAUGAAUCUACUGCACCUUGACGAACAAAAUCUAAACAAAGAGAAACAUAUUUUGCUUAUGGGACAAGGAAAAAUGCCAACAGCUGCUAGUAAAAUCACAGAAAAUGGUAUUGAUGCAAAACAAAGCAAAGGAAGAAACACAACAAGCGAUUCUGGUAUUCCUGAAUCACUUGGUGGACGAGAACCUGAUCAUUUGCAGAAGAACAGCCUAGAACCACUUUUGCCUUCAGAUUCUACCAUGAGCCGUAGUGAAAAAAGGAAUGAUCAGUUUGGUGAUAAUUCCUUUAGACCUCUACUGGAGCCUGCACAAUACCAUGCUCCUCCAUCCCCUCCACCCCUGCCGACUUUACCUACAGUCAAAGCUCCAGUCCCCAAGGCUGCAGUACAAAAGGUAUCUCUGACCCAACAGCUGAACCAGCUUAAAGAUGAAAGAAUGCAAAUGGAGAAAACUAGGGAAGAGCUGGUCAGGAAAGCAAAGAUGCUAAUUGAACAAUACAAGCUAAAGAGACACCAAGCCCGAAAUUCCUGGAAAAAGAAAUAUUUUGAAAGAAAAAAAGUCACAUCUUUGCUUGAAGAGACUCUUAACACGCAGCGUAAUGACUUGGAGGUUUACUACAAGAAACUAAUGACACAACUUGCUGCCCGAGAUAGCAGAAAGUGUUCCAAAGCCCCAGCUUUAGCUGCAAAUUCAAAGAAUGCUGUCAUAAUGUCAAUAACUACAAAGCAGCAUGAACUUAAUCAACUUAAACGCAAAGUAGAGAAUGCAAGGAUCAAGCUUCUGAUUGAAAUCAAGAUGAGGAAACAAGCAUCAUCUGAACUGAAUGUUCUCAAGGCAGAGCUGGCACAGAAGAAAGCCCAGUCAUCAUUAAACACCCCACCAGUUUUUGCCCAGUGAGCUAGCAGUCUGCGGUAGAGAGUGGUAACACUCUCUGCGGUAACUUUCUGUCUGACCAAGAUUCUGCUUAUACAGUUCCUUGUCUGCACUGAACUGAAUGGAGUUGGAGGAUGACAAAAUAUGGAACUUAUUGAUCUUUUCUGUAAAUACUCAUGCAUGUUUGAUAUGGUAGCUGUUGGCGUUUUCUAUGUAUAACAUACUGUAUGUAUAUAAGGAUGUAAGUUUAAUGUGCCAGUAAGUCUGAUCUUUUUUUAAUAUUAAUGAUAAAUUUAAAAACUAAAAAUUCUAAAAACUUCUCUUUUAGUUUAUUGAAGGGGUCCCCAGCCUUUUUCACCCCGUGAGCCACACUCAGAUGAAAAACUUGUCUGUGAGCAACACAAUGAGUGAAGAGUACCGGAAACAUAAUUUUUAUUAAUAUUAAGCAUAUAGUCAAUGCUGGAUAUGCAAGCAUAUAAUUUCUGCCUGCAAUAAGAUUAUUGUUAGGCUACAGAACACUCCCUUCUUUCCAGCCCCAUACCAGUACUGUUUUACCCAGUAGAUCUGACAUACUACCUGUGUAAUAGGAAGCAUUUUAAUAGAUUGUGGGCCAGCGAGAUCCCUUCUCCCUGACUCACCAUAAAAAGUGUCCAGGACUCUGAGGAAGUGCCGGGAGAUCCAGCAAGAAACACGUAAGUCAGCCCAGCAUACCCACCGCAAGAUUCCCUGUGUGUUUGUUCCAAUAAAGCCGACAUUUCAACAUAAA